AGAGCAAGGUGAGCUGUUCACACUCCGCCGACGCCGACUUUCCUUCGGCUGCCAGAUCCUUCGGAUGUUGUGUUGGCUCUCUAAAGGCUGAGCAAAAUGUCGAGUGCGGAGCCUCUGAAAUCGGCGAUUUCCAUCAGGAGCUCGGACGACACGUCUCUGGCUCUGCCGUCGGCGAAUGAGUAUCAUUCCCGGGAGCAGCGCGUCAAGGCGCAAGUGCAAUCUCUGAGGAGGACGAAGUCAAGGCACUCCAGCAGCGGCAGGAGCGGAUCUACUUCUCUUUCCCCAACAAGCCCCGAGUACGACUCUGUGUUUUUAGAUGGCGCAAAGUCUCAGUUGAGUUCAUCUAAUGGAGGCGAUUUUUUGAGCAAUGGCUCCUCAAAAGUUUUUACCACAAACAGAAAUAUGAAUAACCAACACAUGAUCAGUAACAUGAAAAGAUCCACUGUAAGGAAGCAGACUAUAAAUCACUAUGACAGCAGGUAUGGCGCUGUUGGCGGUGUAGCCAGUCUGGGUCUUGCUAACACCAGUCGCAGCGAGCCCGGGCUGGCCUUGAACAGCAGCGUCCCACUGCCGUCCGUCCCAAUGCAGAUACAACCAACCGUACAACAGCGGGGCAACAGGAACACCUACAUGAAACACCGCAGCAACAGCAAUCACUAUAUAAAGAGGACCAUCUCCCAAACCCACCCUCUGUAUGCUUUAAAUGGAUCGGGUCUGAUGCACAAACAAAGCCAGUACGGAGUCAGUCAACCUGAAAUGAACAAGUCGCAACACACCGUCACUGAUUCUUCAUCCAAGAAUCAAAUGAACUCAGAAGUAAAUGGAAACAGUUUGAGUUCUAACAUCACUAUGCAAGAAGCUGUGCAGUUUCUUUCCAGCCAAGAUGAGAAAUACCAACACUGUGGUGCUUCCUAUAUUCAGCACAACACUUUCAUUAGCGACAAAGCAAAAGAAGAGGUUUUUACCUUGAAUGGUAUCCCGCCCCUCGUGCGUCUGCUGCAAAGCCCCAACUCACAGGUCAAAAGCACGGCCUCUGCCGCCCUGCGAAAUCUGACCUUUCAGAACAACAAAAACAAAGAAGAGAUCCAACGCUGCGACGGCAUACCCGAGGUGGUUGCUCAGCUCAAAGCCUCAGAAUCUGCAGAACUGGACAAACAGCUGACAGGUCUUUUGUGGAAUUUGUCGUCUGUAGACAACCUGAAGUCAGACCUGCUGAAGAAUGCUCUGCCUGUUCUAAUGGAGCGUGUGAUUCUGCCUUACACGACAGGCUCUAGAGAUACUGUCAGUGCUGAGGUCUUCUGCCACGCCACAGCAUGCCUUCGAAACCUCAGCAGUGCAAAGGAGGCCAGCAGACAGACGAUGAGGAAAUGUCGAGGUUUGAUCGAUGGCUUAGUCGCUUACAUGAAAGAAUGUGUGGCAAACUGUAAAACAGAAGAUGAGACUUUAGGACACUGUGUGAGCAUUCUGCACAAUCUGACAUUUCACCUGGAAGAAGAAUUUUCAAGUCUGUUCAUCAACAUGAAUUCUUUGGCGAAGAAUAUGAUCAGUAACGUCAGUCAAAAUAACGCCAACUCUGUUGGUUGCUUCAGUGCACCAAGCAAACCCCUACAAACUGAUCGUCCCUUCGACUAUGCAGUCAUUGAGGAACCGCAGCCUAAUGGAGCAGGCCUUUUGAUCCACUCCAAAACGCUGAAGGAUUACUUGUCUCUGCUUAGCUUGACCGAGCGCCAGCCGCUGCAGGAUGCCUGCUGGGGCAUACUGCACAAUCUCACUGCGCGUGAAAGUGCUGUCUCUUAUGUAAUAAGUCAGAUCAUUGUGAAGAAACUGAAUGGCAUGCAUUAUAUCAGCCCCUUCUUAAAGUCAGAUAAAGUCAACAUGCAGAAGAACGCAAUGGGUUUGGUGGUAAAUUUGAUCAAGAACCCAAAUCUGUGCAGUGCCGUUGGUGAAAAAACCAUCCCAAACCUACUAAGUGUCCUCUCAAAAGACACGGCUGGAGCCAACGAGUCCGAUGACACUCUUGCUUUGGCCUGCCAGGCUGCCAGCGGCCUGGUUCUGAAUGACGUUGAAUGGACCAAAAGACAUUUAAGCGAAAAACUGAUUAAAUCCCUGAACGGCAUCAGCCAAAACAUUUAUUUUUCCAAAUCGAGCAAAGCUGCUUCAGUUCUUCUCAUCAGAAUGUGGUCUAAUAAAGAACUUCAGAGCUCUUUGAAAAAGCUUGGGUUCAGCAAGUCUAUGUUUAUCAAUGACACCACCAUGACAGUACAAAAAUCUCUUCACAUUGUGGAUUAACACAACUUAAAAGGUCAUCUGAAGGCUUUUUAUACCCUGAAGAAACUCACCUGCAUCUGGACGUCAUCAGGACCCAGAGCCAAUGAGGCAGAACAUCGUAGAUUUAAAACAUCCGAAAGAAAAUGUUCCAUAAGCUUUAUAUAAAGUAUUUCUGCCCUGUGCAUGUGCUGCAAGAUAUGUGUUUAAUGUAGGAAUAAAAGGUGAAGGAGAGGUUUGGCAGCAAUAAAGUUCUUUCCAAUAGAAUUGCUUGUAUUGUUUUGUCAGUUAAACGUCUUUUAUGGUAAAUUGUGUUUAGAAAUUCAGCUUUCUUUUUUUACAUAACACUGCAAGAUAUUAAUGUAAUUUAGCAAUUGAUUUUGAUUGUGCAAAAUAAGCAGCAGUAUAAAACAUGUGUUUUAUAAAUGAUAUUGUAUUAAUCGUUGAUUUUUUUCUGUUUUAACUGUAUUUCCACAUGUGCAAUCUAAAAAUUUGCUAUUUUGAGUUGAUGCCGUAUCACUAGCAGAUGUGCACUGCAUAUUUGGCAAAGGAGAUGAACAUGAAUAAGGAAGAGGAGAGAUGAGUACCAUUGUUUUGUAAUGGUUUCUGCAGAAUAAAUAUUUUUGCAAACCUUUUCACACAA